AUGAAUUACAAUUCCGUAAAAGAAGCAACUGCCAACACAGUAAAAGAAAAGGAUAUGAAAAAAGAAAAUCAUGAGAUUGAACGAAUCAGAAAAGAAGGCUUGCUCCUCAAGCAAAAGAAUAAACUCCUCAGGCAAAAGAAUAAUCGAGUCAGAAAAGAAAAUUUGCUCCUCAAUCAAAAGAAUAAACGAGUCAUGAACGAUUAUUUGCUCCUCAAGCAAGAAAAUCAUCGAGUCAGAGAAGAAAGUUUGCGUCUUAAAAAAGAAAAUGAACGAAAUUUUACAAACUCAGAACAUUCAAGCGACAUCGCAAAGAAUGAGAGAAAAAGAAGAAUUUUGUCGGAUUUGGAAAUAAGAAGACUUUUAAAUAUAUUAAAUCUAAUCGAUCCAUUAUUAGCCUACAAAUGGUAUCAAAUCUUUAAAUCUGAAAGUAACAUUGAAAUUAUUGAAUCGAAAAUUAAAGAUCUCGAUAUAUUUAUACAUAAGCAGCUAAUCCCAGAAUUCAAGAAUGUUUUUAAUUAUUUUAAUUUUAUCGGAUUAAAUAUAGUAAAGGUGACACUUCCGGCAAAUUUUACAGGAGCAAAGAAUUAG